GUAUGAGAAACAGGCUUGAUUCAGGAAGAAGCACAGGAAGAGGCUGAAUUCAGAUAACGCUGGCGCUACGGAGGUGAAGGCAAACUAUUCUUUGCAAAGCUUUUUAGUAUCUCUCUGGACCGGGGUUGUUUUUUCUGCCUGUAACUUUGGAGUUUUGACAUCCUGCAAUUGAGGCUGAGCGUGGCAGUUCACGGCGUGGCGUUGCCUAGCCAGCGGUGGUAGUGGCUGUGCUGAGCUAUAGGGCUACAUGCCAUGGGCUGUGUUUUCUCCCUGCCAGAAGACAGGAGAGAUGCUGCUGAGAGAGCCCCCACAACAAGAGAAACAAGUUUCAUCGAGAAAAUGAAGAAAACGGGAAAGAACAUUAUUGUGUUCUACGGCUCCCAAACUGGCACGGCAGAAGAGUUUGCCAACAGACUCUCCAAAGAUGCCCAGCGCUAUGGCAUGAAAGGAAUGGCUGCUGACCCAGAGGAAUAUGAAAUGGGUGAACUGUCUCGAUUGUCUGAGAUCAAAAACUCGCUAGCCAUAUUCUGUAUGGCCACCUAUGGAGAAGGAGACCCGACAGAUAAUGCCCAGGAUUUCUACGAUUGGCUGCAGGAAAAUGAUGAUGAGGACCUUUCUGGACUCAACUUCACGGUAUUUGCUUUAGGCAACAAAACAUAUGAACAUUACAACGCCAUGGGGAAAUACGUUGACAAAAGGUUGGAGGAACUUGGGGCCAAGCGCAUUUUUGACCUCGGUUUAGGAGAUGAUGAUGGCAAUUUGGAAGAGGACUUCGUCUCAUGGCGAGAGCAGUUUUGGCCUGCGGUUUGUGAGCACUUUGGAGUGGAAGCCUUGGGCGAUGACUCGAGCAUACGCCAAUAUGAGCUCAAGGAGCACACUGACAUCAACAUGAAUAAAGUGUUCACAGGAGAGAUUGGCCGUCUGAAGAGCUUUGAGAUCCAGAAGCCACCAUAUGAUUCCAAGAAUCCGUUUUUGGCCCCAGUCACUGUCAACCGUAAACUCAAUAAAGGUGGUGAGAGGCAUCUGAUGCACCUGGAAUUAGACAUUUCAGGCUCUAAGAUCAGAUACGAGUCAGGAGACCAUGUGGCUGUUUUCCCUACAAACGAUGCGGCAUUGGUGAAUAAGUUGGGGCAAGUCCUUGGCGUGGACCUUGAUGUGGUUAUCUCUCUGAACAACCUUGAUGAGGAGUCCAAUAAAAAGCACCCUUUCCCCUGCCCUACAACAUAUCGCACAGCUCUGACGCACUACCUCGACAUCACACAUCCUCCUCGCACCAAUGUCCUCUAUGAGCUUGCACAGUAUGCCUCCGAUCCCAAAGAACAGGAGAAUAUGCGCAAGAUGGCCUCCUCCUCCCCUCAGGGCAAGGCGCUCUACCAGAGUUGGGUGUUGGAGCCCUGUAGAAAUAUUCUUGCCAUUCUAGAGGACAUGCCAUCUUUAAGGCCCCCCAUUGACCACCUGUGUGAACUACUGCCUCGUCUCCAGGCUCGCUAUUACUCCAUAGCCUCCUCCUCUAAAGUUCAUCCAAACAGCAUCCACAUAUGUGCAGUGGUGGUGGAGUACAAGACAAAGACGAACCGUAUCAACAAGGGAGUGGCCACUAACUGGUUGAAGAACAAGUUGGUCACUGACAAUGGCCACAAAUCUACUGUUCCCAUGUAUAUCCGCAAGUCUCAGUUCCGCCUCCCCUUCAAGGCCAGCGUCCCGGUUAUUAUGGUUGGUCCAGGGACAGGAAUUGCGCCUUUCAUGGGCUUCAUCCAAGAGAGGGGCUGGCUCAAACAGCAAGGAAAGGAAGUCGGAGAGACGGUGUUGUUCUAUGGCUGUAGAUAUAAGAAUGAAGAUUAUCUCUACCAAGAAGAGCUCGAGGAGGCUGAGAAGAAUGAAGUCCUAACAAGGUUGAAUGUUGCCUUCUCCCGAGACCAGGAGCACAAGGUUUACGUUCAGCAUCUCUUGAAGAAAAAUAAGGAGGACAUCUGGAAGCUCGUUCACGCAGAAAAUGCACAUAUCUACAUUUGUGGGGAUGCAAGGAACAUGGCAAAGGAUGUGCAGAUUGCCUUCUAUGAGAUAGCAGAAGAGGUUGAAGGCAUGACACGGACCCAGGCUACAGACUACAUCAAAAAACUGAUGACCAAGGGACGCUAUUCACAAGAUGUAUGGAGUUAAAACCUUCAACCUGAGCCCUAAUCUCAUGAUUUAAAUACUUGUUUUUAAUUUGUGGCAUAUUUUUAAGAGAUUUUUAUUUUAUUGGGACUGAAUAUAAAAAUAUUUAAGUCUUUCAUUUUUCAUCCUGGUUUAUGAAGCUAAUGGUGGAAGGCCUACCUCUGCAGGUUAUUGAGUAAACCCAUUGCACAGCUUUUAAUGCUCCUACUCAUCUACAGCACAUUGUAUAACUGGAUCAUCAGCUCUUGUCCUUCAGUCUUCUCAAGCACUGUACGGGUCCCCUGUGCUGUUAAGGUUGACUGGUGGGUUAAAGUAUAUUUCCUGAAUGAUUUGAGGGUUUUCAAACUUUAAAUUGGAAUAAGAUGCAAAUCAAAUUACUGUCAUUUCAAAUAUGUUGAUGAUGAUGCAUUUUAAUAAUUAAAUUUGCAAUGUUACCCCCCCUCGCAGUUUAAAUGUCAACACUAGUUGGAGUGCUGGCAUAGCACUACACAAAAGUUUCCUUUAGAUCAGAAUACAAUGAAAUAUAAAGUUUUGAGGGAAAUAUUUUGUAGUUCAGUGACAAGUGUAAAGGUGUAAUAUAAUGUUCAGGUACAUGUUUGACAAGGGAUUUUUACUGACAGGUUUAAUCAGUGAUUAACUUGAGAUACAGGUAGUUGAUGCGAAGGGGAUUACUGUGUCUAUUUUAUUUCAUAAACGCAUGCAAUUUUGAAAAGGUAUGAGCAUGUAUAAUUGUAAUUUUUAUAUGUUGAGGAUAAAUCUGAUCUGUAGCAAUAUCUGGCCAUUUUUGUAAUGACUGAAUAACAUAAUGGUUCGUCCAGCGUCAAUAGCGCAGCUGGCUGUACGUUUUAUUGCAACUGAUGUAUACAUUGUCCGGUUGCUUGUGUACAACGUGGGGAAAAUGUCUCUCUGAUCCUGGUCUGUGUUUUGCCCAUACCACUUUGAUGUGAAGCAUGGAUUUGAAGAGUAAAUGUUGCAAUUCUGCCAGCCAGCUAGACUGCAGCCUGUGCCUUUUCAACACUGCCUUACAUAUUGGAUUUGUAAACAUCAUUUAACUAUUUUUUCUUUUUAUCCUGAAUCUUUCAUUUACACUAACAUUAGACUCUCUGCUCAAGACUGUCACUUUUGUCUAUUCCUUGUUGUGCUGAUAUUGUUUGAUCACAUUGCCUGCCUUUUUUAUAUGUAAAUGAAUAAAAAUUGAAUAAUUUGUCACCAU